AUGUCGCACGCUCUCAUAUUUGGUGCCUCUGUGUCUGAGGUUGUUCAGAUGCUGAAAGAGAAGGUGCAAGACGCUCACACGAUCUCACACGUCUUCUUUACAGCAUACGUCCACACAGACGACUUUGAAAGCUCGAGAAGAAUCAACACUGAACUCAUCGGUACCGCCGUCCGCGCCAUUGAGCAAGUCUCCCCAGCGCUCAAGAUGGUCGUCCUCCAAACUGGCGGCAAAGGCUACGGCCUCGAGUUCCCGGACAAAGUAACCAUCAACACGCCUCUGAGGGAGGAUGCGCCGCGUAUUCCUGAGCCCUACGCAAGCAGGAUCUUCUAUUACACGCAGUACGACUUGCUCGCUGAGCUGUCAGUCGGCAAGACCUGGACUUUCGCUGAAGUGCGACCCGAUGGUAUCAUUGGCUUCACACCCAUCAAUAACGCAAUGAAUCUGGCGCAAGGUAUCGGGCUUUACCUGGCAGUCUAUCGCGAGCUCUACGGCCAAGGCGCGAAAGUGAACUGGCCCGGUACCGAGAAGAGCUGGAAGUGCACACACUCGGACACGUCGCAGGGAAUCCUGGCGAGAAUGGAGAUCCACGUCGCGACCCACAUUGAAGAGUGCGGUAAUGGCGGAGUAUUCAACAUUGCAGAUGGCGAGACUGUUACAUGGGAAAACGUCUGGCCGAAGCUGUGUGCUGACUUUGGUCUAGUGGGCGAAGGACCAGCGUCUGAUGCGGAGUCCAUGGAAAAGUUUGUCAAGGAUAAUAUUGGUGUCUGGAAGAAGUUGGCUGAGAAGCAUGGGCUAAAAGAGAAGACUGUUGAGGAUCAAAAUUGGCCUUUUGUACAUUUCAUGCUGGUGCAGUUUGACUUCGACAGGCAAUACGACUUGACGCGCAAGACAGAAGUCGGAUUCAAAGAGACGAUCAAGACAGACGAAGGGUAUGUGAUGGCGUGGGAAAAAAUGAGAGCGGCGAAGAUCUUGCCGCCCAGGGAAGUGUGA